AUGUCUACUCCCAUCACAUUUACAACCCUCUGUCUCAUGAUCCUCUCGGUGUUACUACUUUCCUCGUCCCUAGGCAGCGUCACGGCGAAGAUCGUUGAGCAAAACCUGAUGGAACGGAAUAUAUUCGAGCGGUGGCUUGUGGAGAAUCACAAGAACUAUAAUGGUCUAGGAGAGAAGGAUGAGAGGUUCCAGAUCUUCAUGGACAACGUGAGGUUCGUGCAAGAGCACAACUCGGUCACUAACCAGAGUUACAAACUAGGGUUGACCCGGUUCGCUGAUCUGACCAACGAAGAGUUUCGAGCGAUGUACUUGAGGAAGAAAAUGGAGAGGACUAGGGUUUCGGUGAAGGCAGAGAGGUAUCUACACAAGGUUGGAGAUAAGUUGCCUGAUGAAGUUGACUGGAGAGCGAAAGGUGCCGUUGUUCCGGUCAAAGAUCAAGGAAACUGUGGAAGUUGUUGGGCGUUUUCGGCGAUUGGAGCGGUUGAAGGGAUUAACCAGAUCAAGACAGGGGAGUUAGUAUCUCUGUCGGAACAAGAACUUGUUGAUUGUGACACAAGUUACAAUGGUGGAUGUGGUGGUGGUCUCAUGGACUAUGCUUUUCAGUUCAUUACUGAUAACGGUGGUAUCGACACAGAGGAAGAUUAUCCUUACACCGCCACUGAUGAUAACAUAUGCAAUUCCGACAAGAAGAACACUCGUGUUGUUACCAUCGAUGGUUUUGAGGAUGUUCCUGAAAACGAUGAGAAGUCUUUGAAGAAGGCUCUCGCUAAUCAACCAAUCAGUGUUGCAAUUGAAGCUGGUGGCCGAGAGUUCCAACUUUACAAAUCAGGUGUGUUUACAGGAACAUGUGGAACAGCUUUGGACCAUGGAGUAGUAGCUGUUGGAUACGGAACCUCAGAAGGUCAAGACUAUUGGAUUAUCCGUAACUCAUGGGGAUCGAACUGGGGAGAGGGCGGAUACGUUAAGCUCGAACGUAACAUUAAAGAUUCGUCAGGGAAAUGUGGUGUGGCGAUGAUGGCUUCUUACCCAACCAAAUCAUCUAGCUCAAACCCACCAAAACCACCACCACUUUCACCUGUUGUUUGUGACAAGUCUUACACUUGUCCAGCCAAGUCCACUUGUUGUUGUCUCUAUGAGUACAAAGGCAAAUGCUAUAGCUGGGGAUGUUGUCCGCAUGAGUCAGCUACUUGCUGUGAGGAUGGCUCUAGCUGCUGUCCUCAGGCGUACCCUGUCUGCGAUUUGAAGGAUGGUACUUGUAGAAUGAAGGCAAACAGUCCGUUAAGUGUAAAAGCUUUAACCCGAGGCCCAGCGACUGCGACCACUAAGGCUACUAAUGUGCUUGUGAGCAGCGCUUGA